CACAAAAAAUCCAUGCGAUUAAUCGCGAUUAAAUAUUUUUUCGUUGCCCAGCACUAAUAAUACAUCAGUCACACAAGUAAAGCAAGUACUUUUAAUUUGAUUCUUACAUUUAGCCAAAAAUACUUUGUGUUUUUCCUGAAUAUUGAACACAGUACUCUGACUUGUAGUACUCUGACUUGUAGUACUCUGACUUGUAGUACUCUGACUUGUGGGUACUCUGACUUGUAGUACUCUGACUUGUAGUUCUCUGAGUUAUCUGACUUGUAGUUCUCUGACUUGUAGUUCUCUGACCUGUAGUUCUCUGACCUGUAGUACUCUGACUUGUGGGUACUCUGACUUGUGGGUACUCUGACUUCUCUGACUUGUAGUCCUCUGACUUGUAGUACUCUGACUUGUAGUUCUCUGAGUUAUCUGACUUGUAGUUMUCURACUUGUAGUUAUCUGACUUGUAGUUCUCUGACUUGUAGUUCUCUGACCUGUAGUACUCUGACUUGUGGGUACUCUGACUUGUGGGUACUCUGACUUGUAGUUCUCUAACUUGUAGUUCUCUAACUUGUAGUUAUCUGACUUGUAGUACUCUGACUUGUAGUUCUCUGWCUUGUAGUCCUCUGACUUGUAGUCCUCUGACUUGUAGUUCUAUGUAUUGUAGUUUUCUGACUUGUAGUUCUAUGUAUUGUAGUUCUCUGACUUGUAGUUCUAUCUUGUAGUUCUAUGUAUUGUAGUUCUCUGACUUGUAGUUAUCUGACUUGUAAUACUCUGACUUGUAGUUCUAUGUAUUGCAAUUUUCUGACUUGUAGUUCUCUGUAUUGCAGUUUUCUGACUUGUAGUUCUCUGUAUUGUAGUUCUCUGUAUUGUAGUUCUGUCUUGUAGUUCUCUGACUUGUAGUCCUCUGACUUGUAGUGGAGAUCUUCUCUUAAACGUGGUGUUUUGUGGUUUGGUCUCCUUCAGGAUGCAGAAAGCUUCUCGAUGGAGCUCCGUGACGAUGCUAAUGCUAAAGCUAAAGGUCGCUGCCCUCACAGUCCGGUGCAGAAGAGCUCGGCCAUCAGCGUCGACGGCGAGCUGUUCACCGCCACCACCACCGACUUCAGAGGAGUCAAACCGCAGAUUUCUCGACACUUCAGCAAAGAUGGCCGCCAAGACGUCAGCCAGGACUCGUCCGUCGGUCUGCUGGAGGAGCCAACGUUUGUCGGCUCGUCGUCCGACCCGUCGGAGAGGAAGAUCUACUUCUUCUUUAGUGAAGUGGGGAAAGAGUUCAGCUUCGUGGACGAGCUGAGGAUCCCCAGAGUGGCCCAAGUCUGCAAGGACGACGUCGGUGGACAGAGGACUCUGCAGAACAAGUGGACGUCUUUUGCUAAAGCCCCUCUGCUCUGUCAGCUGCCCAAACAGCUUCCCUUCAACCUCCUCCAGGACGUGUUCACCCUCCGGCCACCAGAGGGCAGCAACGCCUCGGACACGCUAUUCUACGGCGUCUUCACGUCUCAGUGGUCCUCGGGUCCAGAAUCUGCCGUGUGUGUCUUCAGGCUGCAGGACUUCAGGGCCGUGUUCUCUGGGAGCUACAGGACCUUCAACAUGGACACCCACCAGCUGAGCUCAAUGCUGGGAAAGCACUCCUUCAUGGGACAGGUAAGCUCACUCUCACAAGAUCCUCAUAAAACACAUUUACUGGAGUUAACAUGGUCGCUAUGAGUGCUCGUUGUUUUAUAUGUUAAAAUAGAAACACUAAUCAGAGACACAAUAGACAAACAAAACAAACAGUCGUGAAUACUGUUAAAAAUAACAAACGUAUCUCCAGAUCUUCACUGUCACAUCCAGUAACUAUAACAAAUAUGUUAUUGUGUCUGAAGAUAUAAUAUACGACAUGUCACUGAUAAUAAAGGUUGGCUUCGUCUUGCUGUCACUAAACUGACAUUAUCAGUUUCUUCUUCUGUGUUUCUGCCCCCUGCUGCUCACACUUAGCUUCAGGCACUUUCUGUCUAAUCUAGAAUAAAUGAUGUAAAACUGCAACACAACAUAACGAACAACAUGCAUGUGCUUUAACACGGAGGUUACACGCAGCCUCCCAUUCA